AGCAUCUUUCUAUCUGCAGUCACAUGAUGAGCGCGCGGUCACAUGAUGUUUGUGACACUUAUUUUCACUUAUGAUCAUAAAUAAAGCAGAAAGUGAUCGGCUGGUUGGUUUGAGUUUGUUUAUCAGUGACCAAGGAAGUACAGAUCGAUUCCUGUAGUUCUUAUUGAUCUGAUUGACAGGCUACUGCUGCUGUUGAUGAUGGAGAGAGAGGAUGAGGAAGAGGAAGAGGCGUCUUCACAGAGAGCAUGUCAUGUGAUGGAGGAGACGGCAGAGCUGCAGGACAUCAUGUGUGUGAAUGAAGAGACCAUUCAGAGAUUAACAGAGGGAUUCUUACAUCACUAUCUACCAGAACUACAGACCUCCAAACAAACCCUACAGGAACUUACACAAAAUCAAGUCAUUUUGUUGGAUACGCUGGAGCAAGAGGUUGCAAAGUUUCGCGAGUGCAACACAAUGGUUGAUCUGAAUGCAUUGUUCACAGAAGCAAAACUUUAUCACAACAAACUGGUGAAUAUUCGCAAAGAAAUGAUCAUCCUGCACGAGAAGACCACCAAACUGAAGAAGCGAGCGCUGAAGCUACAGCAACACAAACAGAGGAAUGACCUGGAAAGAGAACAACAGAGAGAGAGAGACCUGGAGAGAGAAAGACGCCUCAUCGCCAAACCGGCCAAACGCAUCGAUGCCUGACUGACACUCUUGAAUAUGCCCCGCCCAUCAUCGCAUAGCUCCGCCCCAUUCUCUUUUCAACAGCAAAACAUUUUUCAUAGAAAAUACUUGAAAAGGGCACAGAACACUUCUGAAUGGAGUUUCCAGUAGAGAUGUCCCUGUAGAUCAGAUUAUCAAUGUGUGCAAGAUUAUUAAUAAAUGAUGAGACACAGUG